UUGCGCCUCUCGCGGAAGACAGAGAAAAGUAUAGCAAAGUCUGAUUAGAAUUUGUGCCGCACUCGACAAGAGGAAAAAUCAAAACAAUGAACAUGGCGGAGCCGAGCAACGAGGCUGCUUCCUCGAGCAGCGUUUCAGAGCAGACCGCGUCGGUUGCACCGAUGCGAGACGAGAUUGAAAAGGUCGAGGAUUUCCUCGAGCCCGACAAGAAGCGUCGUAAACAGGUGCGCGGCGAUGGGAAAACCGAGCAGAAGUUGGAGCACCGAUUGGGCGGCAUCCUCUGCUGCGCAGUUUGUCUUGAUCUGCCCAGGGCGGCCGUCUAUCAGUGUACUAAUGGACACUUGAUGUGUGCUGGUUGCUUCACUCAUGUCCUCGCAGAUGCCAGGCUACGAGAUGAAUUGGCUACCUGUCCUAACUGCAGAAUUGAAAUCAGCAAAACAUCUGCAUCUCGAAAUUUGGCAGUUGAAAAAGCGGUAUCUGAAUUGCCUGCAGAAUGUCAAUACUGUGCCAAGGAGUUCCCGCGAAAUUCUUUGGAACGUCAUGAAGAAACCAUGUGCGAAGAAAGGAUAUCAAGUUGCAAAUACAGUAGGAUUGGUUGUCCAUGGCGAGGUCCAAACCAUGAAGGGCCAGAACACGAAGCACACUGCGCUCAUCCUCAUCGCACUGGAGCAGAUGUUAUGGAAGCUUUACGUGACAUUGAUGCUCGUACUUUAGAAGAACGUAGGCUCUAUGACAAUGUCUUUGAUCUUUUGUCCUACGAAAAAAUCACUUUCAAUGAUUUACAAAUGAAGCCAUAUCGUACUGAUGAAUUCGUUCAUAAAUUGUUUUACGAAACAUCUCGUUUCACGGCAUUCAAUAAUCAAUGGGUUGUGAAAGCAAGGAUUAAUAAUAGUCAACGUGAUCCUACUCAAAGUUCUGAACGGGACAUAACUUAUCAAUUGAUCUUGAAAACAAAAACAACCUAUCCACUACCCUUGCAUUAUUUGAUAUUGAAAGGACCUUUCGGUGAUAUGAAAGUACAGCCAAGAAUUCACAGAUUUGAGUUCACGGAACAAGAUAACGAAAGUCCAUAUUUGCCUAUACCAUUACCAGAUACAGCAGAGUGCAAUAGACUUCUUGCUGCAAAAGCAAUUAGUUUCAGGUUAAUAAUGUUCCUGGCAUCUAAAUAAGAAUAUAUUUGUUAUCGUAAUCUUACGACAACAGAAUGCGAUAACUCAAUUUCUUAAGUAUAAUUAUAAUGAAAAUGUAGAUCACAAAGAGUUAGAACCAUUUAUAGUAAUAAUAAUGAUAAAGCUUAUAAUAUGAUUAUUAAAAAACCAGAUGCUAAUAACAUUAUAGCAAGCAAAAGUAUAUAAUUGAAAAAAAAAAAAUAAGUUAUUAAUUAAAAUAUAAUCUAAGGCAAUAUUAUAUAGCAGAUAUUUGAAGAUAGAAACAAUUUAAGAAAAUACUUUUCUUGAAUGUUUUUCUUCCUGCUGAAAUUUUUGAAUUAUGUGUGUUUGUAAAUUCUAAAAAUCAAAGAAAGAUAUAGUUGGAAAAUCAUGUAGAAUCUUGUUAACCGAGUCUAUUGAAUUAUAUUCAUGACUAAAAAACAAAAAGUACAUUUCUAAAGUUAGUUUACUUAGAACUACUGUAGUGAAUGUCACAAUGAGUUUGUUAUCAUCUUAAUUCACGAUUAGUAAACAAAACUUAAUAUAUAGAUUCACUUAUUUAUAUACUAAGUGUUGUUGAUGUAAAAUCUUAUAUUAUUGUAAUUAUAUACAUUUAAAUAAAUUUAUUAUAACGAUAACGAGAUCAUAAAUUAUGUGCGUAUUAAUGUACCUGUUCGUAAUAACAGGAGAAAAAAGAAAAAAAAGUU